AGGGGUCUAACGUUAUCGUGUGUGCAGCAGCCUAAAUCACGCCCCUGGAACUUUGAGCGCUCCGACCGCGUUGUCGCCUGAUUACAAUAUUGAUGGUCUAGACCAGCGUUUCUCGGGUGGCCCCUUUUAUCCAGAGAGCAUGACAGUGCAGAACUCUGGACACCAGCGCUCAACGGAUCGCACAGCCUUUCACAGCUUUCCUGAGAACCCUAUAUUACACUCAGAGACAGCAGAUGAUACAACCGUUUACUAUCCUCAAGAUUCAUGGUAUCCUCCGCCUGUGGACAACAACCUAGCACAAGCAUAUGUUUGGAGCCAAGUUCCUUGGUACGGCCCUGGCGAAUUAUCAUCUCCGUCCUUGCAAGUUAUGACAUCGCAGCCGCCGGUGGAACCGUUGCCAGUUGCGACUCCGCCUCAAGCACAAUCGGCUCUAUCUCCCUGCGAGUGGAUUGAAGAUGGUGUACGAUGCGGUCAACCGAUUUCGGGUGACAUGCGCAAACUCGGCACUCAUCUUGGUGACGCUCACAAUAUACACGGACAUGAAAGGAAACCGAUUGUGUGCUUCUGGCCGGGUUGCGGCCGGAAGAUGCAAAGAGGCGGUAUCAGGCGGCACAUAGCCAGCUGCCACUUGUUCAUUAAAUCAUCUUGCACGCGCUGCUCCAAGGAGUAUUCUCGCCGAGAUGCCAUGAGGAAGCACGCCAAGCAGUGCCGUGCAUAGGCUCAACCAGUGUUACAAAUUUUCGUUCGUUCUCGUUCUCUUUCUUUCCGUGACUGACACCAAUGAAUCAUGAUGCAUCUGAUACCCUAUCGAUACCCUAUUGUAAUAUUUCGUUCUGCACGCCUUGUCCACUGUUGUAUUAAUUUCGGGACACGGCCUGAGUCAAACUUAUAUGGGUAUGAAACUGUUUAUACGUAUAUCUUGCUAUUGUACACUCCUUCAAUGUGAUGUAUUUAGUAUACACAUUUAGCCUUAACACUUUUGUAACAAUACUGGCUCCUC